UUAUAGCGAUGUUGUAUACAAGAUGAAUUUUUAUUGCCAAUCAGCUUAAUGGAACACACUUGGCCGGGUGCUAAAUGAAAGUUUGAAGAAAAUCAACAUUAAUUGUAUAGCGAUGAGAGUAGUUUCCCUUCAGCGUGCCAGCUUUGUCACAUGACCACUGUUGUUAAGGCUGUUGUUGAUGACAACUUCUCCAGCAGUAUCGCCGCAAUCUCAGCCGUCGCCAUCAUGUUUAUACUUCUAUACGAACAGCUAACUCGUCGAAUAACCCUGUUUCAAUGCGGAGCCCGACAAAAUUAAUAGACGAAUCAGACCUGUCAAAGAUGUUCACACUACUUCACUGCGAUGUGUCUUCAUGCCAGUUUCGAAAAGAAUCAGAGCUUUUGUUAGCUACAAGAAGGGACAUCGCUCAGUCUAGCUUUGGUUCGAUGCCCCAACUGCGUUUUGUUGUUGACGUUAGCAACGCUACCGAAUUUCCGUUACUCGGCUGCUUUGACUUUUCAUGACAUCAUAGCACGAAACAAUGAAAUAACAAGGAUUCUCUAUGGAAAUCUUUUUUUUCUUUCAAAUACAAUUAAGGUAUAUUUCUAAUUUAAGCUAGUAUUUUAAAAAUUAUUUGUGGCGAUGAGUGCUUGUUGUAGCCGCGACUUAUGUUAUUGUUCUUGUCACGGUUGCCAUUCGACUGUCUUGGCUGUGACGUCCAUUUACUGAUUCGUUCUUCCUUAAUAACCGACUCGUUUGUUGUGGUGUAAUUUAUUUAAGUUCUGUGUACAUGCCCCCACAUGAUGAAGAACAUGGAACAAGAUGAAGUUUUAGAUCACUUGAAUGAUCAAAGUUCAAUUAAAAAACUGGAAACUUUAAAACAAUUACAAUUGACAGUUAAACGAAAUGGAGGUCGAUUACCGUGGGAAGAUCCGUGGACAAUUUUCAGAGGCUUGGAUGUUGUUUUGGUUGAUGUUGCUUGGGAGGUCAGGUUAAAAUGUCUCCAUUUGAUUAUAGAUCUAAUACCUCAAUUAGGAUUUAAUAUUGACUCUUGCAUGUUUUUGAUCUUAAAAAAUUUAAUUUUAGCUUUUGCUGAUAUUAAAAAACCUGUUCGUCGAUCUUCAAUACAAGCUAUGCAUUUAUAUAUGAAAUAUACGAAAAACUUUGAAGAAUUGUCCAAGGCCAUUGUGCUUUAUGGACUAGAAAAUAGCAACGAUCAUAUUAAAAAAGAAUGGGUUUUUGCUUUACCAAUUCUUUUCACUAAAGAUCUGAGUGGUCGCCACGUUUUCCCUUAUGUCCAGUCUCUAACAAAAAUAGUGUCACAGGAUUACAAUGAUAAUUUACAAGAGCUUGCAAUGCUUGCCCUACAGACAAUUUCUGAACUUGUUGGUUUAAACAAAUUCAAAUCUUAUUUGCAUAGGCUACCUGAAGAUAUUAGAUUGUCAUAUCUAAGAGAAUUACAUCCUGAAGAUAGGGAACUUUAUUCUGAUUUGAAUGAUUCUCAAGAAUAUUCUCUGGCACAGCCAAUUUUCCACACCAACCACCAACACCAAUUUCCAUUCCAACAACCUCACUCACAGAAUUCAAAUUAUCAAGAUGGUCAACAAACAGAAAUAUUUCACUCUGAUGAUAAUGAAUUUGGAGUGUUUCCACAGCAAAUUAUUGCUCAAAUAUUGCGACUUGAAGAUGGUUAUAGACUCAGAGCACCAGCUGUUGAACGUGUUAAAGGAAUUCUGCAUUCUCUCUCAAGACAGAAAAUUUUCUAUAAAAUGGGCCCACAUAUGUUACAAUUCAUUUAUUUUAUAGAUAACUUACUUGAUGACUCUAACUUUAAAAUAACAACUAUUGCCCUAGAGAUUUUAAGUAUUCUCGUGGAAAAACUUGAGCAAGAUGCACAACGUUUUCUGAAGCAUCUUGUAUCAACAUUGGCAAGACGAUUGGGCAAUAAUAAGAUUGUUAUUAGGCAAGGCAUUAUGAAAGUGACUAUAAAACUUAUGCAAAAUGCUACACCUAAGCUUGUUCUUAGUGUUAUGUUAGAUAACCUACGCCAUAAGAACUCACGAGUAAGACAAGAUAUGAUUAAUAUCUUAAUUGCAGCUUUGCUGACGUUUCCAAGCUAUGAAUUUGAUUUAUAUGCUUUGUGUAAGGAAAUUGUACCCUUAUUAACAGACUCGAAGCGAAAUCUAAGACGAGCUGCAUUAGAAUGUGUUGCAGUUAUUGCACAGGCAAUGGGACAAGGAAGACAUCAACCUUUGUUUCAGGUAGUUGAUUUGGAAGAGUCACGUCACAGUUCAUCAAAGGGCCUUAUGAUUGCUGUUCAAGCCCGCCUGGCUCGUAGACACCUCCCUCGACUUGACGAAGAUGGUUUAGUCGACUAUGCUAUGCCAGCACCCUCUUCAGCUGCACAAAGAAAAAUGACAGGGGACACACAGAACGCUGACAUAGAAUGGGUUCAGGCAGCCGCCAGUGGUGGCAGCAGCUCAGCCCGGUAUGAGUCAGUAGAGAAUGAAAAUGUGUCCAUUAAUGAAAGCUCAUCUGCAUCAUCCCCAGAUGAUUAUCCUGUAGUUACAAAGCGAUUCCUUAGUGCUGGCAAAGGUAAAAACAAACUUCCUUGGGAAGGUGAUGAGAAAAACCAGCAAAAUAAGCUGUAUGAUGAUUUACCUUCUUCUGCUCCAACACAGCCAUCAAAGUUAUCUGAUGUUGGCAGUCGCAAAUCACCAAGUCUGUCUGGAACUGAUGCUGAAAGACUAAAACUUAAAAAGGCAGCUUUUGUUGUUGGUUCUAAAGAAAAUUCUUCUGAUCUGGAUUCUAAAGACAAAGCAUUUUGGGCAAGUAGCAAAAGUCAUGAAGAUUUGUCAAAGCAUUCCCGAUCAAAGUUAUUUCCAAUCAAUACAAAAGAUGUGGAUGAUUCGCCCAUACCCAUGAAACCAGCUUUGGCACGAGGAUCUGCUUCCAGCCGCAGUUGCAGCAGCAGCAGUAGCAGCAGUCGCAGUGAAAUGCAAUUAUUUUCCAACUCUCCUGAUAUCAAUCACUCUUCCUAUACUGCAUUUGGUACUCCUGAUGAGAUGCAAAGCUCUUUGAAAAACAUAAGAGACAGUGCUUCAAAAAGACGAGCUGAAAGACUGGAGAAAAGUAGCAACUCUGCAGACAUGUUCCAGAGUUUCAGCUCCAGUGAGAGAGAACACUGGAGUGAUUUUCAUGAUAAAAAAGAUGACUUGAAGAAGAAAGACAGUUUAACAACAAAACUGUCAUCUGAGUCUUUAUUUGAUGCCAAGCCAAACUUGACUAGGAAUAACUCAAUACGAUCUAGACACCAACAUGAUUAUAUAAAUGAAAACAUAAAAGUCAGUCAGUCGCCAGAUAGUUCUUCAGUCACCAGAUCUCAUAGUAAAACCUCAGAAGUAUGUGUGUUUGGAAAAGGCUAUGCUGAGGAUUCAUACACUGACAUAAAAGCAGGUGGCGCCUCUGGUAAUAAAAUGAAACAUCAAAAGAGGGCCAGUAAAGAUGAAUCUAAGAUACCUGCAUUAGUGAACAUAAACUCAAGGUGGUGUGACAGGUAUAAAAUUCACCUUGUAAAUGAGAGAUAUGUGGUUCAAUUCCCUACAGUGGAUGCUUCAUCUGGCACACCUCUUGGUAUGGCAUCAUUAUAUUCUUACGGGAGUUCAGAAAUAGGUUCUGGAGAGAUUGCUGCUGAGCCAAAAAUGAUUGGUGUCAUUGGAAAAGGGUUAAAUCCUGUUGAAACAAAUUUGAACUCUCAAAUGACUGGUUCUGAGAUGGAAUCAUUUGAGCACAAAUUGAAUGAUACGCACAUGGGUAGCGGUGUUCAUGGCAUUAGCAUUGCAAAUUCUACAAAAGAUAAGCUAAUUUGCAAAGACAGUAUGCAAGAUAACAGUGACAUAGAGGGUGAUUCUAUGAGAGAAGAUUUUACUCAAAUUUCUACAACAAAACCUGUGAAAGAAAGAGUAACAAUGAAGAAACGUAAAGGAGAUAAAACAAAGCAAACUGAAUCCUAUAACAAAAUUCAACUAGAAGUUCUUCCUGUGAAUUCAAAUCCUCUUAAUUUAGAGAAAACUUGUAAGCCAACACCAAGCUUAACUCCGAAGAUAAAACCAAAGACGCACAUUUUAGACAAUGAAAACAAUCAAGCUCUCAGAAGUUCUUCAGAUCUCACUCAAGCCCCAGAAAACUCUGUCUCACUACCACCAGCUGGAAUUGAUGAACUGCAACAAAAGUUAAAUCAAGAAGACUGGAAAAUAAAAUGUGAAGCUCUUAAUUCAACAAGACAGCUGUGCAAACAAUGCCCAAGUGCUUUCGAUUCUGGUUUCCAUCCCUUGAUGAUGUCAAUAACCAAAGAGGUGCUUAUUAUUUUAUUUUCUUCGAUUAAAUUUAGCUACAGUGAAAUUUAUGUUUGUGAAUUUUAUUAGUUUCUAUUUUGCAAG